AACAGCUGAUUUGGGUAUUACUCAUACGUCAUCUCGAAAUUUGCAACGAAUAUUCGUAUUUACAAAAUUAUUAGAGAUAGCUUUGUAAAAAAAUAAAUAAAAUUAAUAGUUUAAAAAAUGUCUGACGACCUUCCAGACAAAUUUGAUUUGAUUGUAAUUGGCACUGGUUUCCCGGAGAGUUGUAUUGCUGCAGCUGCAAGUCGCAUAGGGAAAACCGUCCUACAUAUCGAUCCUCAUGAAUAUUACGGAGGGGUGUGGGCGUCAUUUAACUUAGAGUCAUUCUGUGCGCUUUUGGAAUAUGGAAAUGGCAGUGAUAUAAAAAAUACUAAACAAAAAUGGUACAUUAAUGAGCAACUGAAUCCUGAGAUGGGUGCAGAAGUUGGAAAUUCAAAUAGUGAUAGCGAGACGCAUGCAAUGGCAGAAGACACAGUCGUGCGUAAGCCCAUUGAUCAACAGUGGUCUCGUGAAAAGUUGCUUCAGCAAUCACGACGAUUCAAUUUAGACUUAAGCCCCAAGAUUCUCUACUCCGCUGGCCCUUUGGUGCAGUUGCUAGUUUCUUCAAAUAUUUGUCGUUACGCUGAGUUUCGUGCAGUAGACCGAGUUUGCACAAAAUUUCAAAACCAAAUAAUCAAUGUACCUUGCUCGCGUAGUGAUGUAUUCAAUACCAAAGAUUUGAAUAUUGUAGAAAAACGACUGCUAAUGAAAUUUCUGUCGCAAUGUUUGGCCUUUGGGGAAGAUAAAACUGAGGAAGACACAUUACUUUAUAGAGGCAAAACAUUCCGCGAGUACCUGCAAGAGCAAAAAGUCACUGAAAAAAUAAGAACUUGUGUAAUGCAAGCUAUUGCAAUGAGCACCGAUGAAACGCCUUUCGAAGUGGGAAUUGGACGAACGCAACAGUUUCUCGGUAGCCUUGGACGUUAUGGGAAUACGCCUUUUCUAUUUCCAAUGUACGGUUGUGGUGAGAUACCACAAUGCUUUUGUCGUCUUUGUGCAGUUUUUGGUGGCAUUUAUUGUUUAAAGCGAAAUAUCGACGAUAUUAUUGUUGAAGCGGACACCAAUAUAGCGAAUGUUGUUUUAGAGGGCAAAACAAUAAAAGCGCAACAUGUUGUUAGUGCCCCAUGCCACAUUCCAACGGUUUUACUUGAGCGGAAUGUUGGCAUUUACGGCCAAGGUGAAUUGGUGAACUCACUUUCUCGAGGUAUUUUCUUAUCUGCAGAACCUCUGGGUUCGGAAGAAUUAAAUUCCGGUGGAGGUGGUGUGAAUUUAUUACGACUUUUAGCUGACACACGAGAAGCCAUACUUAUACAGCUUUCACAUUUUUCUGGCACAUGUCCAAAAGGAAUUUAUCUUUUCCAUCUUACAACUGCAGCGCAGACCGACCAACCGGAACAAGAUCUGGCACCUUUUGUUGCUCAAAUUUUUAAUACUGAAACGGAUGACGCACUGAAAUUGUUAUACUCUGCUUACUUUACGAUAAUGGGACGCAAAAGUACUUCAUCCACACCUCGCGUAGAUGUAUCCACGCCGAUAUUUUGUACUAGCGCACCUUCUUACGAAUUGGAUUAUGACAAUGCUAUAAUUAAUGCGCGCGAAAUAUUUACUAAAUUAUAUGCAGAUGCUGAAUUUCUGCCACGUGCACCCGAUCCAGAAGAGAUUGUUAUCGAAGGCGAAGAUCCACGCGCCUUAAGUGAAAACAGUUUGCCAGAUGAUUUGCGUGAACAGUUACGUGAAUUGGAAAAAUCAGCCGAACAUAUGGAUAUCGAGGAUACAGAGGGUACGUCUGUUAUUGAGAUUAACCAAGUAGAGAGCGAAUCACAGCAAAUGGAUGCUGAAUGAGAUGGAAAUCCCUGCUCGCUUUACUUGCAGUAUAUUAUAUAAACAAUAGCUUAAAAUGUGUGCGGCUGUAACAAACCGUUAAUAUUAAGUUAUGUAUACCUAAGGAAGAUAUGUUUACUAAGAUGCUAGCUAAAAUUAAUUUUUUUUUUUUUCAAAACUUCAAAUUCACAAACAAUUAAAAUUAUGCACCUACAGCAAUUUGAACCUCAGUUUUAUUUAAUUGCUUUGACACAUAUCGACGAAAUAGAAAACCCUAAGAAAAUAUA